GACGCUCCUAUUGGCGCGGUUGAAAACUUGUUGUACGAAAUCGAACGCGGCAAACCUCAUCUUUCUUAAGAAAUCACCACUAUGUCCCCGUGUGUGACCUGUAGCAUUUGCUAUUUCUCUAGUUAGAUGGAGUUAGUCGCCGUUAGAAGUCGUCAAAUUACUGUUCGUGUGUAUAUGAUUUUAUCCUAGACUCCGACGGUAUCGUACUACCAUAUACUUUAAAGGACUUGUAUUGUCUGCUGCGUGACGAGCAGUCCAUAUUGUCCUCAAUCCGAUUUCGGUUUAACAUUUCACCGAAAAUGUUGUUUCUAUUACAUUUCUAGAACAAACAAGUUUAUCGCUCGUGUUCAGGUUAAGUUGUAAUGAGAGAGUGCUUCCCCUAUGGUUGGAAUAGCCAUGAACAACAAUGAGUGCGUCUAUAAUAAGCAUUCGCCUACAACGUGCGAGCAAGACAGCCCCUCGGAAGGGGAAAUUUUUGAUAGUGAUUUUGAUGACAAGGCUGAUAAUGUCGAGCAAGUCAACUUACAAAGCAGGAAAAACGAGAUCUGUAGCAAAUCGAGUAGGCCCAUCGAAAGCCACGUGUGGCGUCAAAUGGCUGAAGAUUGUGCUGCCAGUUCAUUGAUCGAUCAGUUAACUGUUGCGGAAGUGUCGCAAGCAGAAAAAACGCGCGGUAUCGAAACGUACAACUUUAAAGCAAAGUUUAACGAUUCUCGGCCUGAUCCAGAGCUACCGGAACUAGAGGAGAGUGAUGCGCUACGGCGAUUACGUAAAGAUAAUGUAGGGGUUUGGGCUCGCCUUGGUAAGCGGCGCCGCGAACCGGAAGCGAACCUUGAGGUCGAUAUCGAGUUGGCUCGCAUUGAACGCUCUAAGAUACUAGAGCAAGCAGACCCUGAACAGGUGCGCUUUACCAAAGAGCUUGCCGAACGCCUAAAGGAAUCUAAUAUUGUCCUUCUAGCUCAUGUCGUAGUUCUUCUAGGAAUUGAACAUUGCCGACGCUUGCUUCAGAUGACGGAAACCCUAGAAGAGUCAGGUGGAUUGAUGACGAGAGACGGGUCGCGGCGCAGGAGCGCAGGUGGGGUAUUUCUACAGCUGGUCAAAGAAGAUAAGUCGUUAAGUCGCCACAAAGACUUUAAGAGCUACACCGUAUUUUCUCUUAGGAAAACGAUUGGAAGUGUCAACCCUAUUGUCUGGCCUGCGAUUCAUCAGACGCUCCUCCCGAGCCAGAUUUUAUUUUCGCUAAUUCUGCUGACUGGAUAAUUAGGUUGCGGAAUACGCUUGGAUUUUUUUCUACUACUUAGGCUAUGUCUCAACAAUGAACCUGUCGGUUGCACUUCCUUCUAAUAAGGCCUGUUCGAGUAAAUCCAAGCGAUGGUCAGCGUCGAUGCGACUGGGGUCCACCUAUAUUACAGUCAGAUACUACACCGGUUUUUCAAUCCCAUACUCCCCCAUAAUGAUCUAGCUGAUUAUUCAUUAUUAUUAUGUUUCAGCUGAUCCCUCACGUAAACGGAUAGAGAAAGAUGACUAAGUAGAUCGAAUACUCAAACUCCUUAAAUCGGGUGUGCCGCUUAAGAGUGCCUUAUUAUAAUAGUGUCAUAGGGACACUUUCAGCUAGGACGCUGUUUCACAAAUUCGGUUACAUGCCUGGUUUUUUUACUGUGCGCCAUUCGUUCUACAGGAUGCACCGUUAUCGAUAACUGUUGAUAUGCUGUAUACAUACGUAAUAUUCAUGCAUGUGUAAAUAAUAUGCUUUACUUAAAUAUAUCGCUCACGUUAGUUGUCGAUCACAAUCUCAGUGGUUUGAUAAACUAUGGUGUCCUAGAAUACUCGCUUGGAUAUAUUGAUUAAAUAUACGAUCGAUUGUAUAUAUUCGUGCAAUCCGGCUUUAUGUUAAACGUCGUUUAAGACCCAAAAUAACUUUUUGCUUGAUUUCAUACCGAUCUUUUUUACGUGUCUGCGAAUGUUCGUACGUUUGUCUGAUCAAGUUCUCAUAACAAUCACUUUGUGUCCUUAUUACGCCCAUUACAAUGUGUCAACUCCAAAAAAAUAUUAACUCACGGUGCUAUACAGUUUUUCGUCAUGCUGGGGGUAUUUGUCCAACGAAUGUAGUUAAGUCGUGAGUACACACGAGUUAUAAUUUCAGGUAUUCCCACAAACAAGUUUUUACAUAUUUUGCAAGGCAAAAUUACUACAGCCAUGCAACAUUGCUAGACUCUUACAACUUUCUGUACUUAUUACUGGAUUUUUUUAAUUAACUAAAGUGUUAUAUGUAUCGUUAGGAUCGUUGGGACACUUAGAGUUUUGAGUGUAUAAGGUUUCCCUAUCUUAGAGAGCAGAGUCCGCGGCAUACCAGUACGUGGCUUAAUUCUCCCAGUUCACCUUUAUAUAUUCCAAUUUGCAUGAUUAUUCCAACGAUAACUGGUACGCUUCUGUUUAGAAUUAAUUUUUUUUUAUCUGGAAACUUAAAUUUGUGAAGUAUUUAGUUUCACUGGCUGCAAUGCCCCUUAAGUAUGCUUCUUGUUAGCUCGUUCUGGGCCCUAGUCCCGUUGACGCAAAACGAACACAGAAAUAAAGUCUUGGUUGCUCUAAAACAAAUGACUAAAUAGAUCUGCUCUUUUCAAUUCUAUAUAUAUUCUUUUUUAGGUAUUUCUAUACUAUUUCUGCUAUUUGUAUUAGAAGUAAAUACAAACGUACCACUUCUAGGCAACGGCCAAACACUUCUCAGGAAUCAAUGAAUAAUGCUAUUCAAAAAAUGCAUUAUCACUUUAUUUGAACGCUUUUGUCGUCAAUAAUUGACAAAACGUUGCAAAUCAGUCUAUCAUUUAUCGCAGUUGAUUCGUUAAUAAACAUAUAUAUUGUUGCUUACCACUUAACCUGUCUUCUAAAUGUGCAUCUUUUGGGCGGUUAUGAUUGUAUCCUUCGCAUCUAUAUCACAACUACGUUAUCUUUCUCUUCGACCUCAACAAAUCGACAAGAACAACAACUAACAUGAAAAAUUUCAACGAUAAACAAAUAUUGGUUGUUAUAAGGGUUACUUUGUGUAUAUGAUGUACAUAUGUAUACUGAUGUCUGUUAUCGGUGGGUAGUUCUUGUUAAUAUACUGUCCAAUACACAUUUUUCCUCGAUUGACAACAAAAAUGAAGUAUUCUAUCCACCUAGCUACAAAUUAGAAGAAUGAUAAAUGAACUAUAAGAUUACUCAUAGUUCAUCCGUUGUUUCGAUUAAACUCCUCGCUUGUAGGUGCGCAUUGAAUCAUCCAUAAAUACGCCUUUUCUACACGGAUAGAAAUCUAACUGCGUUAUCCUCAGUUCCAAGUUAUUACAUCAGAGCGUUAAAUAUUGUUAUAGAUCUACAUACCUGAUAUGGAACAUCGUCAUCUACGAACUUUGUAUACGAAAUAGAAAAUGAGAUAAAUUAGUUGGAUCGACCCUAAUGUCUUAAAACUCGUGUCUUUUAAAUAGUUUAAUUUUUAAACUUCUAACAGGAUUUAGUUCACUCGGUUCGAUCAGUAUUACCGUGAUUCUUAAAACAAUAUUUCGUUAGCGGAAGAACAUUUGUAUAAGGACAACAGCAAUAUCAUUCGUUCGCUUAUUUUUAGCAAGCUUCAUAUAGCCUUCUUUUUCCUUGUGUAAUUCUAAUUAUUCUAGAGUACUGCUUG